AUUAGUAGCAGUAGAUGACGCUAAAAACAUGCGCGCUUAACCUUGUGGUACUGUCAGUCGUGUUGUCAAAUGAGCUGGUUAUUAAAACCAUUUUUGAUGGCAUAUUUUCCGGUCAGCAUUAUUCGGAAGUCAUGAGCAAAUAUAUAUUACCAGUUUCUGUUUUUGGAACAGUGUUUGGAGCUGCUGUUUUACUGAAGAACCAUGUAACCGGAGGCCCUUGUCCCAGUAAGGCUACCAUCAAGGGGAAGACUGUGGUUAUAACAGGAGCAAACACAGGCAUUGGGAAAGAGACUGCCCGGGAACUGGCCAAGAGAGGGGGCCGGAUCAUUAUGGGAUGUCGGGACAUGGAGAAGUGCGAGACAGCUGCAAAGGAAAUAAGAGGGAAGACCCUGAAUCCUUACGUUUACGCGUGUCAACUCGACCUGGCCUCUGUGAAGUCCAUCCGAGAGUUUGCAGAGAGAAUCAAACAAGAGGAGGAGCGUGUGGAUGUACUCAUAAACAAUGCAGGGGUCAUGAGAUGUCCAGCAGGGAAGACGGAAGAUGGCUUCGACAUGCAGUUUGGCGUUAACCACUUAGGCCAUUUCUUGUUGACAAAUCUUCUGCUGGAUAAGUUGAAAGAGUCCGCCCCCAGCAGAGUGAUCAACCUGGCCUCACUCGCCCACAUCGUUGGAAAGAUUGACUUUGAGGACUUGAACUGGGAGAAAAAGAAGUUUGAUACCAAGCAGGCGUACUGUCAGAGCAAGCUUGCCAAUGUUCUGUUCACCAGAGAGCUCGCCAAGCGAUUACAAGGCACAGGAAUCACGGUGAACGCUGUGCACCCAGGCGUUGUUGCCACGGAACUGGGGAGGCACACUGGUCUGCACCAAUCACAGUUCUCCAGCUCUGUGCUCAGUCCAUUUUUCUCCCUGUUGGUGAAGAGCCCAGAGCUGGGGGCCCAGCCUAGCGUCUACCUGGCAGUGUCCGAGGAGAUGGAGGGGGUGACGGGAAGGUACUAUGAUGUGAUGACAGAAAAGGAGCCGGCGCCACUGGCCCUGGAUGAGGAGGCAGCUCGCAGGCUGUGGGAGGUCAGCAGCAGGCUGGUGGGUCUGGAGGAAGAAGGCCAAUCCGGCAAGUCAAACCCAACAACAGAAGUCCAGAGCAAAGCUGCACAGACAGUCCCAGUGCUGAGACACUGACAGAGCCCAGGACCAGCUGUUAGUGCUUGCUCUGCCCCAGCAGGGGAUAAUGGACCUUUAUGGCUUGAGCUGUGCCAGGCUCAUUGGAACAAUUAGCUGUCUGAGUCUGUGAGUCUUGUUGUCCGUAUUAAGGCAGUCUUUUGUACAUGCCUUUAUGUUCCUGCAUCAGGACAUUUUCUUUAAAACAUGUUUAACAAGCAGCCUUUGACAAUGGACUGUUUUUUCUCUCUCUGUACAGUAAUUACAAAAGCUGGAAUUCUUAUCCAUAUUUACUGUAAGUUCAUAUUGAGAGUACUGGAAAUGGGUUUUAUUGUUGUGGAUUUAAGCAGAAAAUGCUGACAGAUAGUGCCAUCUGGCUGCUAGCAUCAAAAUACAGACUAGUAGUUUACUCUUUUUAUUUAAUUUUUUAUUUGUUUGUACAGAUCACGUGUACAUUACUGCUAACCAUUUAUCUAGGUGUGCAGUUGUGUUUUUAGAUUUGUGAAUGUUUUUCUUGGAAGCUUUUGAUUUAGUAUAUUUAAACCAGGUAAGAAAGUCCGUUUGCAGACACUUGGAAAUUGCUUGACUUUGUUAAUCCAUUAUGAAAACAUUAUCUGCUUUGUUAACAACAAUCUGAUUUGUGUUAAUAUUGCAUGAUAAUUCAGUGCAGAUUUCAUUAGAUUGCAAUGCAAUCAGUCAGAACUUACAACUGCCCAUACAUUACAAUGAAAUUAAUAAAAGCAGACAAUGCAAAUCUAUUUUCAUAAUGAAUUUGAAUGAUUUUCAUACUAUAUUAUAAUAGAUUAAUGAAAGCUAAAAGUAAGAAAGUAAAAAAACACACAUUCAAAACAUAAAACAUAAUGAAAAAGGGUCAGAACACCGGAAGGUCAUUUUGAAGUUAACCCACUUACAAUUUAUUCUAAUGUUCACUUUUAAGUGCACUUCUGCUUUUGCUCUUGUUGCCUCUUGAUAAACAAAUCAAGUUACAAGAGCACUCACUUACAUUUCUGAUCCUCUCAGACCUCUGAGCACAAAGAAGAAUAUCCAUCCCAAAAGUAAUUGAGGGAUCCAUUGCAUAGAGCUUUUUUCAACAGUAAAUCCCAGAGUACAGAUCAAUAAGGGCCACUUUCUGCACUAAUGCACACUGAUCAGCAUCGGCCCUGAAACUCUAAACCCUGGAUCGUUUAUUUCGGGGUUGGUUUACCAGUGGAGACCCUUGCUGGUGCCAUCCUAGAUGAUGUAGAUGAGCAACAGAAUCACUGGGUUCUCCUUUGCUCUCCAGAUUGUCAAAGACCUUACAGUCCCUAGGACAUGAUGCUGUGUAUACUUUCCCUUUCUGGCAUGAAUC